AGGGACUGGAUUGUAAAGUCAGCGGUAAGUGUGAAAAUAUUACAAACACAACUAACCAAUACAUUGAACUGUCAAUUCCCAUGGAACUUUUUGCAAGAACCACUGAGUCCUUUAGGUAUCACUAUAUGGACACCAAAUGGAACGGUUCCUAGUGGAGGACUCUUGAUUGUUUUGAGUCAGUUUGCACUUUCGAGACGCUCCCUAAGCGAUCAGUUAGCUGGCAGUGUGAGUUUUGAAGCCAUACAGCCGUAGUGGAGAGUAGAAGAGAGGCAGGCUCGCUCUUAUAUCACCGCUUCACAGAGUACGACUCAUCCCGUCUGAUACGCUCACACACGCUCUCUCCUUUCCCUCACACACUUGUGCGGAAAGCCACACAUCAUCCCUCCUGUCACUGGGACAAUGUGUAUGGAGAACCUGAUGACUACUAGCUGUUGACAAUAGAAAACAAAAGAAGUAUCCAGCGGUGGGAAGAGGGACGAUCUGAUUGGGAUCUUGAAAGCCGAUGCUGCAGCCAAGAGCAUCUGCAGGCUUAAUUGGGCGACUCAACCCGAGCAGCUGUGCACAUCCCACAUGCAGAAGCUGAGAGGGACAGCCAAAAACAAGGAUAGAUUCGUACGUGAAGCUGACAAGUCUGGCUGAUCUGGACAUACCUCCUGUCAAGUUCUAGCCCUGGGUGUGAGGUGCAGUGAUUCGGCCCCAGUAAGGUAGGGAAGGGGCAUGGCGGGUUGUCCAAGCUUGAGCUUACCAGGGCUGUAUGUGCUCCUAAUUGCUGCAUCCCUAACACAUGGCCAAACCUGCCCACAGCGAUGUGACUGUAUCCCUCAUCAGAGAACCGUGAUGUGCCAGAACAAACACCUGGACUCUAUUCCUGGGUUCAUCCCGGCUGACACACGGUUGCUGGAUCUGAGCGGCAACAGUUUGCGUUGGGUGGAAUAUAAUGACUUGGCGACUCUGUCGAGACUUGAAGAGCUAGACUUGAGCGAGAACCUCAUCAGUGUGUUGGAGCCUAACGCUUUCUCCAGCUUGCUUAACCUGAGAGUGUUGCGUCUGAGAGCCAACCAGCUUAAACUCGUGCCCAUGGGUGCCUUUUCACGUCUCAGCUACCUCACCACUCUGGACCUAAGUGGGAAUAAGCUGGUCAUCCUGUUAGACUUCACCUUCCAAGACUUGAAGAACCUCCGCAAUUUGGAGAUUGGUGAUAAUGACCUAGUGUACAUUUCAAACAAGGCUUUCAUAGGAUUGGUGGGACUCCGGGAGCUAACCAUCGAGAGGUGCAAUCUGACCUCUAUAACUGGACAGUCUCUCUCCUACCUUCGCAGUUUGGUGACUCUUCGAUUACGCUACCUCAGUAUCGCUUCAUUGGAAGAGCAGAACUUCCGCAAACUUGGUGGACUGCGGGGUCUUGAGAUUGACCACUGGCAGUUCCUUGAGUACAUCUCUCCUCAUAGCUUCCAAGGUCUCAACCUUUCUUGGCUCUCGAUUACCAACACCAACAUUUCCACCGUGCCUACGGGUGCUCUUCGCAACCUAAUUCACUUGGCUAGCCUCAAUCUGUCUUACAACCCCAUUUCAGUUCUUGAGUCCUGGGCCUUGCGGGAUCUUGUCCGAUUGAAGGAACUACACCUAGUUGGUACAAACCUGAUAUUAGUACAACCUUACGGUCUUGGAGGCCUGCAACAGAUACGAUUGCUCAACUUGUCAAACAAUGGAUUAGUGACCCUGGAGGAGGGAUCCUUCCACUCGGUCAACACGCUGGAGACGUUGCGUGUAGAUAGCAACCCUUUGUCUUGUGAUUGCCGCCUACUGUGGAUCCUGCAGCGCCGGAAGACCCUCAACUUUGACGGAAAGUCACCUGUUUGUGCCACACCUGUGGAAUUGCAAGGAAAAACACUAAGUACCUUCUCGGACUCUGCACUCUUUGACCAUUUCACCUGUCAGCGGCCUAAAAUUCGCAACCGAAAACUGCAGCAGCUGACGGCACGUGAAGGCCAGGUAGUGUCAUUUGUAUGUCGAGCAGAAGGAGACCCAACUCCGGCCAUCUUUUGGAUUUCACCUCAGCGCCGACGUAUCACCACCAAGAGUACUGGGCGAGUGAUUGUCCUGCCUGAAGGUACGCUGGAGAUCCGUUACGCCCAGGUUACAGACAGCGGGACCUACAUCUGCAUAGCAAGCAAUGCUGGUGGCAAUGAUACCUACUUUGCCACCCUGACAGUCAGUGGAUUGCCAUUGGAUGGUGCUUUGGCAGCCAAUCGCACCUAUUACGUGGGUGAUCUUAAUGACACGAACUUAAACGACACACGUGUCUUCCUCAAGUUCACAUUGGACCUCAAGACCAUCCUGGUAUCCACAGCAAUGGGUUGUAUUAUGUUUCUGGGUGUUGUGCUUUUCUGUUUCAUUCUCUUGUUUGUGUGGAGCCGAGGACGAGGUCAGCACAAAAACAAUUUCUCAGUUGAGUAUUCGUUCAGAAAGGUAGAUGGUCCCACCGCCAGCGGGGGUCAAGGAGGGGCACGAAAGUUCAACAUGAAGAUGAUAUAAAAUGGACACACUAACAGUUUAAAGGAGUUAAACGCACAUUAUUAUUUCAAACUGAAAUACAUUUCUAAUACCAGUCCUGCAGUUCGGAUUUUAAGGCACAGAGGGUUUUAAUGGGAACAAUGAAUAAUGUAUUUGCUGAGGGGUACUUUCCAUCAGCAGCUAGGCUAUUUAUAAUCUAACCUUUUGGUGUCUUGGGAUAUUUUACACAUUUAUUAAGACGUUUAUGAUGAAUUACAUACUUCUGUGUGACUGGCAUUAGGUAACCAUUUUAAGCCUUCUCAUGUGAGAAGGACAAGCUUGUAGUGAUGUAUAAUGACCAUUAACAAUACUAUCAUGCAAUUUUCGAAAGAAUAUGGCCUCCUAAAAUGAAAGUUAAAUUAUGCUCUUAAUAUUUUGGAGGUAAUUGUGAGAAAAGUCGAGAAUUAUUUAAAGGGGUGCUUUCUGCUUGCCAAGAAAUUGCCACUGCCCUCAAAAGUUAAAAAUUUAAUAUUAUAGAAUUUUGCUAGGCAAUUUAAUUUAUAUUCUCAAUAGCUUGUAGGCAAUAAAGUGGGCAUACAUUUCACACUGCCAAUUUAACAAGGAGUUGUUGUUGGAUUAUCCCCAUAUUUUCAACCUGUUAACCACUUUGUUGGAAACAUGAGAUGCUAGAAGACUGUUUAAUGAUAUCUUACAUAAAGAGAUAGUUAAUUCAGUUUGCUAUGGAUAAUAAGGCCAGAUAACAAGUGCUUCUAUAUAACACUGCCACCUACUUCUGAGUCAUGCCCAUAUGAAGUUAAACGCGCACACACAGACAGAGGUACUUUAGUAACAACAUAAAAGCACAUUGUCUUUAUAAAGGCAUUACAUCUGCUAAAUACCAAUAGCCUCAGUAUCUGGGUUUAAGACAUUUUGUAUUUUAAUGUAUAUAUGUCCAUUUUAUGUGUUCAUUAUAGUGCCCCGUUUUCAUGUUAAAUAAAUUAAAGUGAAAUACUUUUAUUCAAUAUAAAAUGUUCUUAAAUUAAGCAAAUUUUAUGUGUGAAAACUCUUAAAGCGUAAAAAAAAAAAAAUCUUUCUGAGCGUUUUAUUACUGGUGACCUUUAGUUGUACACGUCUUCAUUCCUCUUCUAUAUAAGUGUAAGUGUGUUUUAAAGGGAAUGUCAGUCUCAUAACUUAUUUUAUGUUAAUUUGCAUGAGUUUACAAAAUACAGAGAGAGAUAGCUUGUUGUGCACAGGCCACUGAUCCUCUGAAGCUUGUAUUUUCUGUUUAUAAAUCGCAUUAAUGAUGAGUUAGACCUUGCUCAAGUGCUGCCGCUUAAAAUGAAACAGGAAGGCACUGUACAAAGCUGUUCUGCUGCCCCCUAAUGUUAAAAUACGACAGUUUAAAGAACACAGGGUAUCUGUCUCAACCUUAUUGCCUUCUACCAAUCCAUCUUUAUUUAACACAAAGCUUAGAACCACUAGAUUAUGGGCCGUUUUGUUCGAACAGAUAAAAUGCACUCUGUACUGUCUUAUUUUAAGCAGUGUUGUAUGUACACUGCAAACUGCCAGAAUUUGUCAGUAACUACUGUGAAACUAAAGGAAAGUUUUGUUUGUUUGUUUGUUUGUUUUUUUCAUAUAUUUUUGUAAAAAUUAAUUUUACGGUUUUAUUUAAUAUAAAUAAAAAAAAAUGGGGAUCCUCAACAUUUUUAUGUUCCAGAUAGUUUAUUUCAUAAAUGUGUUAAGAAUAUUGUUCUUAUAUUGUACCAAUGACACAAAUUCUGUUUAAAAAAGCAUGUAUCUAAGUCUCUGUGUUGGAAUUUUUUUUUUUUUUUUAUUCUUCAUGUCAUCAUGAAGUAAUAUUAAAUAUGAAUGUUUUUGACUAAUUUCUGUAAUGUAAUGCAUAUAUAACCUUUAAUGGUUCUCAACUUUUUUUUUAUUUUUGCAAAUGCCAAGAUGAUGUUCAUAAUAAACAUUUCACAGCAUUUUGAUUAUUUAUUUAUUAUUUUUUGUUUGAAAAACUGGCAUAGAAACUAAAGUUUAUCUUUUAUUUUUAAAACCAGAAAAAAUACAUUAAAUGAAAUGACGUGACAGCCGAGCAAUUGUUGGCCAUAAGCAUCUGGUACAGUCAUGUUUGCACAAGAAAAUGCCAAUUAUUUUCUCGUCAUGACACUUUUUUACUCAUACCAUCUGCUAUAAUACAAAACAAAGUAGUGUUUCCUGCAGGAGGUAAAAACCACAGACAUGAAGGCAAAUG